AUGUCUGCCCCGAGCCCCUCCACGGCGCUGCCCCGCGAAGCCUCCUGCCCCAUCUGCCUCGAGUACUUCCGCGACCCGGUCUCCAUCCACUGCGGGCACAACUUCUGCCGCGCCUGCAUCUCCCGCUGUUGGGAAUGGGCCACGGCGCCUUUCCCCUGCCCGCGGUGCCGGGAGGCGGCCCCGGAGCGGACGCUGCAUCCCAGCCGGGAGCUGGCGCGGGUGCUGGAGGCGGCGCGGAGGCUGAGCGCGCAGGCGGCCGGGGGGGACCCGGGGCAAGGGGAGCGGUGCGAGAGGCACCAGGAGCCGCUCAAGCUCUUCUGCGAGGAGGAUGGAGCCUUCGUGUGCGUGAUCUGCAGGGAGUCCCGCGCGCACCGCUCCCACAGGAUGCUCCCCGCGCAGGACGCUCUCCAGGGAUACAAGGGACAAAUCCAGGCCCGUCUGCAAGCCCUGAAGGAAGAGAGAGACAAACUCCUGGGGCUGCGAGAGGCUGAGAUGAGGAGGAACUGGGAAUACUUGGAGAAGACCACAGCCGAGCGCCAGAGGGUCCUAUCCAAGCUGGAAGGGCUGCGGCUCUUCCUGGAGGACCAUGCCCAGCAUCUGCUGGCUCAGCUGGGGGACCUGGAGCGGGACAUCGAGAAGCUGCAGGAAGAAAACGUCACCAGCCUGACAAAGGAGAUCUCCCGCCUGGAUUCCUUCAUCCAGGAGAUGGAGGAGAAGAGCCAGCAGCCGGCAAACCAAUUCCUGCAGGACAUCAGAGGCACCUUGAGCAGGCUUGAAAUGGAGAGCUUCCAGCAGCCCCCCCUGCUGCUUGCGGAGCUGGAGGAGAGAAUCAACCAUUUCAGGGACAGAAACAGUGCUCUGGAGGAGACCCUCAGGAGCUUCCAAGUGAAGGUGACCCUGGACCCAUCCACAGCUCAUCCCCAGCUCGUGGUGUCGGCCGAUGGGAGCAGCGUGAGGUGGGACAAUGAUGCCCACCAGGACCCAUGCACUGAGGGCUUGGGCACCGACCCCUGUGUCCUGGGCAGUGAGGGCAUCACUGUGGGGAGAUGCUGCUGGGAGGUGGAGGUGGCCCCCAGAGGCUCCUGGGCUGUCGGGGUGGCCACACGGCCCCUCGGGAGGAGGGAGGAGGGAGCUGAGGGCCCCGGGAUGGAGCUGUGGUCCAUGGGGCUCUGCGAGGGGCAGUUCUGGGCUCUCACCUCCCUCGAGCGCAUCCCACUGUACCAGCUCCAGGUCCCCACCAGGGUCCAGGUCUCCCUGGACUAUGACCGGGGUCAGGUGGCGUUUUUUGAUGCUGAUAAGAGAUCCCUGAUCUUCACCUUCCCAGCAGCCUCCUUCAAAGGGGAGAGCGUCCACCCCUGGUUCCUGGUGUGGGGCGAAGGGGCCCACAUCACAUUGUGUCCAUGAGGCUCCCCCUUCCCACCCAAACACAAGCUUCCUGUCCCCAGUAUCCCCAUUUCCAGCUCUCUGGAGGUCUUAAAUUGCCCUUUCUAGCCUCUGUUUCCAUCGCCCAUGAUGGCAAAGGGAUGAGCAUCCCCAU